AUGUGUUUUGGUGUUAGUGGAAUUAUGGAAAUUUUGAUUCUCUACUCAAUGAUUUUGUUGCUGGGCGGUAAUUCUGCUUCAGCUCAUAUUGGGAUACAGCCAUUAUCCAAGAUUGCUAUUCAUAAAGCCACUGUUGCUCUCACUAAUUCAGCAUCCAUUAAAGCUUCACCCUUCGUUCUUGGGUUGGAGGGUCAGGACGUGGAAUGGGUGACUGUUGAUCUCGACAAUUAUGAACCCUCCAAUGAUGAUUGGAUUGGAGUGUUUUCUCCAGCGAAAUUCAAUGAAUCAAAUUGUCACGAUCCAAGUAACCCAAAAGAACAAGAACCAUUUAUAUGCACCGCACCAAUAAAGUAUCAAUAUGCAAACUUCUCGAGUUCAAACUAUACAAAGACCGGCAAAACUUCGAUCAGGUUCCAGUUAAUCAAUCAGCGAGCAGAUUUCUCCUUUGCAUUGUUUGCCGGCGGUUUGUCAAAUCCGAAGCUAAUAGCCAUUUCAAAUCACAUUACUUUUGCAAAUCCUAAAGCUCCUGUCUACCCCCGCCUUGCUCAGGGAAAGUCUUGGAAUGAAAUGACAGUCACUUGGACAAGUGGCUAUGAUAUAGAUGAAGCCGUUCCAUUUGUUAAGUGGGGAAUGAUGGGUCAUGAGAGGAAGCUUUCACCCGCAGGGACGCUUACAUUCCAACGGAAUAGCAUGUGCGGUUCACCAGCAAGAACAGUUGGUUGGCGUCAUCCUGGUUAUAUUCACACAAGUUUCUUAAAGGAUCUUUGGCCUAACACCAGGUAUUCUUAUAAGAUGGGACACAUGCUAUCCAAUGGAUCAUACGUUUGGAGCAGGAAAUACUCAUUUAAAUCAUCCCCUUAUCCAGGGCAGGACUCAUUGCAGCGUGUCAUAAUAUUUGGAGAUAUGGGGAAGGGGGAGCGGGAUGGCUCAAAUGAGUACAAUAAUUAUCAGCCAGGUGCACUUUACACGACUGACCAGCUGAUUAAGGAUCUCGACAACAUCGACAUAGUUUUCCAUAUUGGAGACAUCACAUAUGCAAAUGGAUAUAUAUCACAAUGGGACCAAUUCACCUCACAGGUUGAGCCCAUUGCGUCGACUGUGCCAUAUAUGGUUGCGAGUGGCAAUCACGAGCGCGAUUGGCCUGAUUCAGGAUCAUUCUAUGGUGGCACAGAUUCUGGAGGGGAAUGUGGUGUUCCUAACCAGAAUAUAUUCUUUGUUCCAGCUGACAAUAGAGAAAAGUUUUGGUACUCAACAGAUUAUGGAAUGUUCCAUUUUUGCAUAGCAGAUACCGAACAUGAUUGGAGAGAGGGUACCGAACAGUAUAGGUUCAUUGAGAAAUGUCUGGCAUCUGUGGACAGGCAAAAGCAACCUUGGCUCAUUUUCGCGGCCCAUCGAGUCCUUGGCUAUUCUUCGGAUAAAUAUUAUGGUUUGGCAGGCUCGUUUGAAGAGCCAAUGGGAAGGGAAAGCUUGCAGAAGCUUUGGCAGAAGUACCGGGUGGAUAUUGCAUUCUUUGGUCAUGUCCACAAUUAUGAAAGAACUUGUCCUAUUUACCAGAAUCAUUGUGUGAACUCAGAAAGAUCACAUUACUCCGGGGUGAUGAAUGGGACGAUCCACGUAGUCGCAGGAGGAGCUGGUGCCCAUUUAUCCGAGUUCAGCCCUGUUAACACCAGCUGGAGUUUAUACAAGGAUUAUGACUGGGGUUUUGUUAAACUCACUGCGUUCAACCACUCGUCUCUGCUGUUUGAGUACAAGAAAAGUAGGGAUGGUUACUUGGGAACAUUCCGCAAUAAAAGCCCAAGGUUCAGUUUCUUUCUUUUUCUUUUUCUUUUAAUUUCUGCCAAUCGCUGAUUGGAAUUUUUCCUAAGAUGAUACUUGAUUGGAAUUCCUCCGUCAAAGAAUAUGUUAUCCCGUUAACAUUUUUACCUUUGUUAUUUAACACGACUUCGCCCCGUCAACAACUUUUCUACAUUGGUUCGAGUUAUCACCGGGUAGAAGAGAACCAAAAUACAGAACUGGGGACUUAUUUGUAGCGGUCUUCCAAAAUCAAUCGAGAAACUAUCCACCAAAAUCCAAGUUGCUUACGAAUAUAUGAAAAUCCCUAUACAAGAAGUGUCAUCAGUCCGCAAAUUCAAGAAGCUUGGCUUCGGUUGAUAGAGUCGGCAAGGCAACAACAAAACAACAAGAGCAGUAGAAGUUGGAAGUCGACGAUGACAAAGGGGCAGCAAGAACCGAAGCAGCAGCGGUAGCCGCAAAUUCAAGAAAGAAGCAGUAGUGGCAAACAAUAAGCAGCUACGAACAGCAAACAACAACAAUCAAUAACAAAUAGCAGCAAAGGCAACAAGCAACAGCAGCCGCGACGAGAAAGAAAAGCAGCAACAGGGGAGAGAGUGGACGGAGCAGCGGCAGCGGCGAAUCGGCUGAGAAGAAGAAGUUGCAUACGUACCCAUUCGAGACAACAACACACUUGAUCACAAGAGACGGAAGUAGAGAGAAGAUCAGAGGGAAGUACAACAGCGGCAACAGGAGGAACAACCGGAUGGCAAAGAAAAAGAAACCCAGCCAAGGCUUCAGCCGACGAAUAACAGCAGCGGCGGUGAUGAAAAAUGUUAGCAGCGUAUAACAGAAAUAAAGCAAGAAGUGGAUGUGAUGACGACGCUAGUGAUGUUGUGCGCCAAGGAAGAAGAAGAAGCAGCGGCGUCCGUGGAAUUGAAGACAGAGAAGCAGCAACGACAAGAAAACAAUGACAAGAAAAGAAGGUGACCGUGAUAUUCAAGAAGAAAAUCCUAAAAAUUUGACGGCCCUGGAAAAAAGAGGCUCGAUACCACGAAAGUGUGAAAACCCUUGACAAGUAUUGUAUUAAUAUUACGGAUAUAUAUAUAUAAUAUAAUGAUAUAUAUACAAUUACAAUAAUGCACUAACCAUGUUGCUAUCCUAAGUUGAUUUCCUCAUUGGCCCUUGGCCAAAUCAAAAUUAAACUGCUGCUAUCCCAAUUCGAUUUCCUCAUCGGCCUUUGUAAACUCAAGCAGGUUGUGUUGGCAACUUUUGUGAUUAAAAAGAAAAUGC